AUCAUUUCUUGUUUAUACUCAUGAAAAUGGUUUCGUUAGUGUCUUCUCCUUCAUUACCCACCAAUGUCCGCCAUGUUCGAUCCAUCAGUUUGCCAAGCAGAUCACAUCCUUGCAAUCUUCAAGUUGAAGAGGAACUAGCUCAACUCAAAUCAUGGGAGGCAUCUUCCUGUUCAACAGCGAAUGUAGAAACAGCCUGUGGUUCUAUAGUGCGGCUGAAAAGAUUGUACACAUCUGUUAACGAUCUUAUCAGCUUGCCUCAGACCCAACAAGCCCUUUUGCACAGAAAGGAUGAUAAAUUGGUUGAUGAGUUACUGGAUCUAUCAAUGAGUCUUUUAGAUCUUUGUGGCUCCAUAAAAGAUGUCAUGGAACAAGUAAGUGAGCAAACAAGAAAUAUCGAAUCAGCUCUUAGAAGAAGAAAGGAGGGUCUGAAAAGUGACUCUUCCUCACUCUGGAAAAUGAAGGAUGCCAAAAGAGCAAUUUUAGCACUAAAGAAAAUGAAUAAUAAAAUUGAGGGCAUUGCUCUCUUGGAUCUUGAUCACCACCUCUCAUCUCUGAUUAGAUCACUGAGAGAUACAUGUGCAUUGAGUAUUUCCAUAUUUGGAUCACUCAUCUCAUCUAUGUCCAUAUUUGGGUCAAAACCAAAGUCUACCAACUGGACAAUAGUUUCAAAUUUGAUUCGUAAACCAAAAAAGGCGAGUGUAGAUCAACCUCAUAUUUCAAAUGAGGCUCUAGAAUCCCACACUGAAGUCAUUGAGGAGAGUUUAGAGUGCAUGUCGAGGACCUUCAUCAAAGCAAGGGUUUCUCUUCUUAAUAUUCGCUCUCAAUAGGGUAACCGAGUUCAAAUAUUGGGAUUUAAGUUUUAGUGGAUCUGCCUGUAUUUUUGUAAAUGUUAGAAUAUGAUGUAAUAUAAGAAAGUAGAUUGUUUACUCGAAUCAAGCGUCGCGUUAAGUUCGUUAUC